AAAUGUCAACAUCCAGCUGUUCGUGUAACACUUGAGCCAGUAAUUAAAAUACAGGGCAAUGUCACUUCUACGCUGCUGCUAUUGUAGGGCCAGACUUCUCUGUGCAAGACAGUUUUCAGCAUCUUCCACAAGGCUUAGAAGGGUCAAAACAUACCAUGAAAUACUUGGAGUACCAAAGGAUUCCACAAAAGAACAGAUUAAAGAAGCAUUUAUUGAAAAAUCAAAACUGCUUCACCCAGACACCAAUACUGGAGAUGUAGAACAGUUUCAAGAGCUAAAGACUGCAUAUGAACAUUGCAUGAGCUUCACCAAACAACCUUUUGAAAUGACAUAUGAUGAAAUCCAAGCAAAGGAGAGAGAGGAAUUGUUGAAUACUCCAAGAAAUGUGCACAGUCCUUUUAUUUUGGAAAACUUUAUUGAGUACACAAUCAUUUUGGCCAUAUGCAUAGUGAUCUCUCACUUUGUGGCAGAUGGCCUGUACAAAUUCCAUCCGUUAUCAGAUGGUCUUGCAUCCCUGGAUUUGUCAAUGGAUGGAGAGGAGAAAAGGACUGAAUUGAAAAAGCAGAUAGGAAGACUGGAGGGUGAACAGCAGGAAUGGCAGAUCAAGCAAAAGAUGAAUAAAAGCUAACAGAAUAUGGACAAAUUCAUAUGGGAGACUAUAAAUGUAUGAUAGAUAUUCAAUUAAAGAUUGCUGGCAAAGGACAGGGAACUCUAGUCUGUUUUUUAGGAUGUAGAAAUCAUGAAUGAGAAAUUUAAGAGUUGUUUUUUAUAUUGAUUUAUUUCAAUAAAUAUUUGUAAGAAAUUGAA